AAGGUGAAAGGAGAGAAAGGAGGACGAGUCGACGAGCGAGGAUCGAAGGAAACGGAGAAAAGAGAGACGAAGGUGAAGGACGGCGAGGUGCCUCGAGAAACGAUCGACGGCGAGAAAGAGAGCAACCUCGACGAGAUGGCGCGGCCGACCGAGGAAGAGACGGGGGCCGAACGGAAGCUCGAAGAACCCGCGAAACUCGAAUCCGUCGAGAUAGGCGAGUCGAAAGAAAUUCGCGAAAAGAAGGUCGAAGGGCCGGCGAAGCGGGAGGUCGACGAACGAUCGACGAGUUCGAGGAAGAAUAAAAAGUCGAGGAAAGGAAAGUCCGACGACAAGGAGCAACAGAGAGGAGCGAGCGUCGCGAAGAAGGAGGAAGCGUCUUCGGUGAAAGGCGAGAAUCUCGAAUCGAAGGAAAAGACCGUUUCCGUCGCGAAGGAGCUCGAGGUCGGGGUCGAGGCCGAGACCGAGGAAAGAAAGGAAGAGGCGAAACACGCUGAGAAGUCUGCGAAAGAAGACCGGCUCGAAGUCGUUUCGGAGACGCGUUCGGAGAAGCCCGAGGUACCCGAACGACGCGAAGGAAAAUCGCAAAUCGAGACGACGGAGAAGCCGCUCGAACGGAGAAGCGAGGCUGCGGUUGAAAAAGAAUCGGAAGCCGAGAAAGAGCCGAAUCGAGAGAAAAUCGAUGGAAAGGCGGGAGAAUCGAUCGACGAGUCGAAAGCGAGCGUCGCGGAGGAGAAGAGCGAGACGACGGUCGAAUCGGAGCCGGAACGCGAAGAAGCGUCCGCGCUUCCCGAAACGCCUACGGAAGAGACGGUCUCCGACGAGAAGGCGAUCGCGAGGGAGGAACAGCCUCGGAUGGAAGGAAAAGCGAAGCUGUCCAAACGAGAGAAGAGGAAACAGAAGAAAAAAGAGAAAUCUGCUUCGAGAGGAGUCAGCGAAGAAAAAGACAAGCCGGUUGAAAUCGUUCGGGACGGCGUCGUCGCCGUUACCGUCGACGAACCGGUGGUUCGAGACGAAGCGAUCCUCGCGGAGUCUCCGAAAUUGAAAGAACAGCCCGCCGAAACUCCGGAAGAAACCGUUGCCGACGAUCGAGCUACCGGGCAGGAUCGAAUCGAAUCGAAGCAAGAGGUCGUGGAAGUCAUCCGCGAGAUAGUUAACCGCGAGAGCAAGGAUGGAUCGGUUUCGAGAGGCGAGGAGAAAACGGAGAAAACGGAGAAAACGGAGAAAACGGAGAAAGCGGAAGAAACGACCGAGAAGGAAACGGUCGUGCCGGAAACGAAGGGAGAGCGAACGGAGAUUCCGAAAGCGGUCGAGGUAUCGAAGAAAAUCGAGAAGAGAUUGGAAACGGCGGUCGAAGAAAAAUUGCAGACGCCGAAAGCGACCGUGGAGCAGCGAUCGCGAGCGCCAACGUCGACCGAAGGAGAAUCCGGAGCGUCGGAGGCGAUCGAAGAGAAAUUCGAAUCUCCGAAAGCGAUCGAAAAGGAAUUAAGAGAAACCGAAAUUUCCGAAGAAACGUCGGUUGCGGCGCGAGACGAGUCCCCGGCAGCCUCCAAGGAUAAAUCGAAACGAAAGAGCGAGCAAGCGAAGAGAGGAAAACGCGAGGACCGGGAACCGGAGCCCGCGGACGGAGCGGCCGAUCGAGGAUCUUCGCCGAAAGAGGAGACGCUCGAAGUCGGCGGUGCUCCCGUCGCGAGAGAAGAUGCUCGAGAAGAGAAGCUGGACGAAGCAAAGACCGAAGCAACGAUGGAACGAGCGGCGGAGUCGAAAACUCGCGAGGAGCCGGUCGUCCCGAAGGCCGCGGUAUUUGAGGUCGAAGGCGGUGGGACGGUCGCGAGCGCACCGACCGCGGAAUCCGAGCGCGAGGAUCCGCCCGAAACGAAGGUGGAGACGACUCUGAAAAAAUCGACGAGAAUCGACCGCAUACAGGAUCCGGACGAGCGACUCGAGGAGACUUCUCGGACGGACGAGGUGGAAAGGUCGGCGAAAGAAGCGAAAAUCGAAGAGAAGGACGACGACGAACCGAUCGAUCGUUCUUCUCGGCCGAAGGAACCGGAAAAGUCCGAGGAGGAAGCGACGAUCUCGGAAGAAUCGACGCCGAUAGAAUCGUUGGAAAAGCCGACGGAGCCGAGACCGGCCGAGGAACCCGAAGAGAGGAUCGCGGACGCGAAGACGGAGAAAGCGAGCGAAAAGAAAGACGGACCGACGGACUCGACGUCGGACGAGAUCGACGUCUCGCCGAUCGAGACGGACUCGCGGCUCGACGUCGAACGAGAGUCCGAGAAGCGGGUCUCGACGGAGCCGGAGAUCGAGAUCGAGAUCGAGACCGAGACCGAGACGGACGACGUCGCGACCGAGUCGAAGCAGCCGAAGGUGCGGUUCUACAUAGCCGACGAGAUCCUGGUGCUGAGUCCCGAGAAAAAGAGACCUCGACCGACCCUGAUCUUGAAAACGUACCCGGAGCCGAGCAAAUCGGAAUUCCUGUCGCAGGACACCGGCUUCUGGCCGGACAAGCACCCCUAUCACGAAGCCGAACGCUACCUGUUCGAGAACCUCGCGAACUACGCCGAGGAAGAUACCGCGGAUCUCGAUUUCCACGGUCCGGACGACUUCGACGAGGAUCGCGACGGGGGGGCGAACGGUCGCGGGGGUCGCGGGGAUCGCGGGGAUCGCGGGGGCAACGGCGGCCCCGCGAACUCGUUCUUCGCGGGGGGACCGCAGACGGAGCGUCUGAUCGCCGAUCUUCCCGGGGGUAUAGGCAGUUGGAGCGAUUACAGCACUUACUUGUCGAGCGAAAACGAGAAACCGGUCGAGAGUUCGGUGCUGCUCGAUCGAGGGGGGACCGACGCUUCGGUCGCGUUCGAGCUUUCAGGGAGCGAACUCGCUCGGGGAUCCUCCGAUCUGUUCGAUGGAUCGGAGUCUUUGGCCCAGGGAAGGACGUUGUCGUCGUCGUCGUCGUCGUCGUCGUUGUCGCUUUCCAUCGAUCGGGCCUCCUCUCGGACCUUUUGUCGCGCCGAGAGCCGCUCGGCAGGGUUGGACGACGGCGAGGCCGUCGUCGCCGAUCCAGUCGAUCCAGUCGAUCGAUCCUCCAUCCCCAGUCCCGACACCCGUCCCAAGGACCAUUUAGGUAGAGAGAACGGUGCUGCGCAGCGGAAGACCCCGACCGCGGUGCUAUCCGAGGACGCUCAGGCCGAAAAGAGGACACGAGGGAUCAAGGACAUCAUUCAGGAGCGCCUAAUGGUUUUACAGCUGAGUCUGUCGAACUUGAAGGGAACCCGCUUGCCGCGAGAUAGCAUCGACUCCAUGCUGGCCGCACUGACGGAUCUGUCGCGGCAGCUGCGGUCCCACGAGACGGAAGCCGACGACCUGGAGGAGCUGGUGCGCGAGAUCCCGGCGGACAACGAGUCCCAGAGGCUGCUGGCGAACCUGACGGAAGUACGAACGCGGAUCGCGACACUGCUGUCGCAAACGGAAGAGGGCCGAGCCACCCUCGAGGCCUCGCGCGACCAUCGCGAGCAACGCGGCCACGACAUUCGCGCCUACAAACGAUUCUUGGACGAGACCGACGCUUGGUUGAAGGACAUCGUCGCCGGCAUGAGGGAAGAGCCGCCUAUUUCCGCGAACAAGGCUUUGCAGGACGAGCUGAGCAGUCACGCGCAGCGCGUGUCGGAGCUCGAGACGCUGCCAGAAAUCAGCACGCUGGCAAAGGUCCUGAAGAAUGCGCUGUUGGAGGUGAUGUCGCGUCUGCGGCAAAGGGAGCAGGAGAUCCGCGACGAGGAAGCGCGAGCGGACGAGGAGACGUCGGAGCGAGAGGACGCCACCCUCGACCAGGCACCGUCUCUGCACUCUUCGCCGGAGAGCGGCGCGCCGUCCCUGUUGGACGUCUCGCUGCAGACGGGCCGGAGCCUGCUGCUGGCCGACGAGGUCGCGGAGAAGCCCGAGCGAUCGAGCAAACAAACGUCGACGAACCGGGAAUUAUUGGAUCGUCGCUCGUUGACCACUCAAACGUCGGAGACCGCCGCCGAGGGCCCGGAGACGCGGGAAACGAUCAAGAUCCUGAAGAAAACGGACGGCGAGCACGACGUGAUCGAGAUAGCGACGAAGAACCGGCCCUCCGCGUCCGGCCAAGAGAUCGUCCGGGAAGGAUCGGUCGGCCCGCCGGAGGAGAUCCUGGUGGACAUGAGGUACAAGGACCCGAGGAACGCCGAGGCCACCACCAGCGAGCUGAACAUCGUGCACGCGGCUCCUCGGGCCUUCGAGACGGUCCUGGUGGAGCCGGACGACGUGACCACGGAGGUGGUGGUCGACGAGGACGGUUCGAGGAGAAUCGUCGUGAGAAAGUUGAGGAAGAGGACGGUGACGACGAGCGGUCGGACCGCGCGGCAACACCUGUCGUCGUCGACGACGACGGCGAUCGGGGACGGCCCCGCGGUGGUGCAGGCGUUCGCGGACGCCAGCUUGAGGGACCAGCGGGUCACCGUGACCACCCGGAAACCCGACGGCACCGUCGAGACCACCACCAGACGGAUCUACGGCGGCAGAGUCGCCACGGGGACGCCCCACGCGGACGCGGACACCGGCGCCGACGCGGGCGCGUACGCGAACGUGGAGGAGUACGAGUCGGCGCCGAGGUACGCGCGCACGGUCGCUCGAGGCGACUUCGAGGACCUCGGGGUGCCUCGUCCGCCGGCGGUGGAAGGGGCGCCGACCGAGGAGGACGGAGAACUGCGGUCGAAAACGUCGAGCGUGCACGCGGUGGUGGAGCAGGUGACCAGACGAGUGGUUAGAAAGACGAGGCGGAUCGUGCGCAAGGUGACGGUCGUCGACGGAAAGGAGACGGCGACGGAGGAGGUGAUAGAGGAACCCGAGGAGGUGGAGAUCGACGAGAAGAGCAUUCCUCGGAUCAGCAUCAACGUGGAGAAACGGGAGGAGCGCAGGACGCUGGGCGGCGACGGACGCCCCUGUUCCCCGGUGCUCGAACAGCGAUCCGCCGGGGACGAGAGGAGCGCCGACGACGCGCCGCUCCAAGGACCGUUCUUCGGGGCGUUCGCCAAGGACAUGCCACCCUCGGAGUAUCCUGCGCCCGAGGCGGACACCGGCGAGCGGGGCUCGAUCGUCGCCGAGGCGAUCUCCGACACCGAGACGGCCGAGAAGGGAGAGGACGCGACCGUUCCGGAGCCAGCGAGUCCUCGAGAGUCGUCGCGGUCGCGGUCGCUGUCGCCGUCCUCGUCGUUGUCGAGGAAAAAAGGCGAACCAACGGACAAGUACGAAGCCGAGCAGUUCCGGAUCGAGGUAAAGGACGAGCGACGAAUGCCGGACAGCCGCGCGUUCGCCGAUGCUGAAGCGUUGUCGUGCUCUGCUUCGCAGAGUUCGAUGCAAGAGGUGAAAGUGCGAGAGACGCCGGAGGAUUCGGUCGCCUCGCCGAUCGAUUCCAUCGCGUCGGACGCGCCGUCCGUCGAGAAGGCGACUUGUAAGUCCGUCGAUGCACCCGUACGAGGCGAAACAGCCGAUAUCGAGGUAGAUGGUCGCACGGUAGAUGUAGAAAUGCACCGCGACACCCCCGCCGGCACCGUAGAUACCGGCGACGAGCCUUCGCCUUCGGUCGGAGAGGAACCGACGAACCCGGAGGCGCCGGCGGACCUACAGACCGUUCAAAUUUCAGGAAGGAAAGCCGAACGGACGAAGGGAGCCACGGUCGAAGAGAGCGUCGAACCGAAGAGGGACGCGUCGCCCACCGAGAAACAGCGGCUGGUCAAGGCUUCGUUCGUCCCCGAAGCCGAGCCCGAAUUCGAGCCGGAGUACGAGUGCGCGGACGAGGCCCUGAAGCCGGAGUACAAGCCGACGCAGCAGCCGUUCGAGAAGGUCGAGAUCUCGCUGGCGGUGAGGAAGGAGGGCGGCGAGGAGGUGCAGCCGACGGUGUCCGUGAAGAGCCGAGCCGAGCCGGUCGGUCCUCCGUUCCGCCUGGUCGAGGAGGACGUCGACAUCAGGCUGCCGGCCGACAGAGAGGAGGUCGCGGUGAUUCGCGACAAGAUCGUUCAGACGUCGCCGCUCUGGUUCCAGCGAACGGAACGCGACGCUUCGGAAGCGGAGGCUGCCGCGACCGAGCCCGAGCCCGAGCCCGAGCCCGAGCCCGAGCCCGAGCCCGAGCCCGAACCCGAGGACGAGGGAACCAAGUCGAGCUCGACGAUAUCCAACGUCGCGGAGUCGCUGGAGAUCGAGGUGUUGCUCUCGGACUCGUCGAAACGAGCCACCGAGACGCCGCGACCGGACAUAGGCGAGAUGACGGAGGCGGAUCUGGAGUCGCCGCUGAGGGACGAGACGUCGAGGGGCGAGGACGGAUACCGGGCGGACGACAGGACGCUGACGUCGAACGCCGCGUCCGUGGACGAGAUCGCGACGACGACGACGAAGAAGAAGAGGAGAAAGAAGAGGAAGGACCGGGUCAGAGGCGCGAAAGACGAGGAGCACACCGAGUUCCCGAAGACGACCAGCGACGACUCCGAGUACAGCGACGAGGCGGCACCGCCGGACGCCGAAGAGGCCGUCAAGGCGACCAAGAAGAAAAAGAAGAAAAAGAAGAGAGAGGAGAAGGCGGCGGAGGUUCGUCGGAUCCGGGCGGACGAUCGGACGACGACGGUCGUUCGCGAGUUCGUCUCGGUCGCGACCUCGCCGAAGCAGGAGCCAGCGGCCGAGGCGGCCGAGGCGGCCGCGCAGACUUCCCCUCGGUCUCCGGAGCCGGUUCGCAGCAGGGUCGAGGAGGCUAUCGCGGAAACGCAAACUUCUCCGGAACCGCUGCUGCCGGACGCGAUCGUCGAGUCGAAGGUUCGCGAAACGCAAACGUCUCCCGACGCCGCGGCGAGCAACGCGGACGAAGCGACGCAGACUUCGCCGCGGCCCGCGGAGAAUACGGCCGAGGCGGGAACGAGCCGCGAGACGGGAACGUCUCCGAAACCCGCGACGCCCGAACCGGAGGAGGUCGACCGAGAGGCGCAGACCUCCCCCCGAGUCGCCGAGGAGUCGAAGGAGACGCAGGUGCCGAGGACGGAGGAAGUCGACGAAGAGGCGCAAACGUCGCCGGAGCCCGCGGCGGCCAAGCCGGAAGAGAUCGACCGGGAAGCGCGGACGUCUCGAAUCGACGAGGAGUCGAGGGGGACGCAGGUGCCGAAGCUGGACGAGGUCGACGAGCGGGUUCAGACGUCUCCGCCGGUUCCCGACGCGAAGGAGACGCAGGUGCCGAGGCUGGAAGAGGUCCACGAAGCCGUGCAGACGUCCCCUACGAACGCGGCGGAGGUCCACGAAGCGGCGCAGACCUCGCCUCGAGUCGCCGAAGAGUCGAAGGAGACGCAGGUGCCGCGAACGGAGGAGGCUCACGUUCGGAUCCAAACGUCCCCGUUGCCCGGGACGGACUUUGCCGGCCAGACCGCGAGCUCGGAUCCCGAGACGAGAACGGUUCGGCACGUCGAGAUGCAGACUUCUCCGCUUCCGGCGACGGACUCCGCGGUCCAGGCCGCCGUCGAGGCGACGCCGGUCGGCGAGACGGCCACGCAGACGCCUCGGACGCGGCUCGAAGAGUACGCCGCGCAGACGAGUCCCGUCGAAGAAGCGGCCGUCGUCCCCCCCGCCGAGACCGAAGAAACGCAGGUUCAAACGGUCCCGACGGAAACGGUGUCCAUCGAGGCGCAGACGUCGCCGACGUCUCGGCCGGCGGAGACGGAGACCCAGACCGUCGAGAGAACUUUGGCGACCGUUGGACAGCAGACGACGCCUCCGCCGCCGCCGUCGCCGCCGUCGCCGGACGAGACGAAGAGCCUGGCCGGCGUCGCCGUUCAGACCGUCGCGGCGGAGGAAACGGUCGAGACCGAGUCGCAGACCAGCGCGCCGGCGAGUCCGGAAAAGAUCGCGGUACGGUUCGACGUCCGAGCGGAUUCGACGGAGCAACCGUCGACGGCCGAAGAGAGUUCCAGGCCCGCCGAUGCCGUCGUCGAGCCCGCGAGUCCGACCGAGACGACGACGACGGACUCGAACGUUCGGACGGAUCCGAUCGAGCGUCCGUCGGUCGAAACGGCGCAGACCCAGACGACUCCCGAGCAGAGUCCCAGGCGCGCCGAGACCCAGGAAACCGAGUCCCAAACGGUCGAACUCGCGAUAACGCCGACCCGCGAACCCGCCGAGAAGACCCCCCCGGAUUUGGAUAUCGUAGCAGAUUCGACGGCGAUGGAACCGCCGCCGAUGAUCGCGACGCAGACCCAGACUACGCCCGUGGACAGUCCCGGACGGCUCCCCGAGAGCCGAGAAACGGAGUCUCGGACCGUCGAACCCGCGGGUCCGGAAAAUAUCCCGCGACCGAUCCCGUGCGAGCCGCCGGAGGAAACGACGACGCGGGCCAGUCCGGAGACCGUUUCUCCCGUCGAGAUCGAUGCCCGCGAUCUUCCAGCGGUUACCGAGCCGCGGGAGCCCGAGCCCGAGCCCGAGCCCGAGCCCGAGCCCGAGCCCGAACGGACCGGUUCACCGGACAGAAUCGAAACCAUGGACAGUUCGGUGCAGAUCGAGUUGGCGCCGAGGGUCGACGAGAGCGCGCAGAUCGUUCCCGAGACUCGCGACGACGCAGCGCAGACCGCUGCCGAGACCAGGGAGCUCGCGUCCGUCGCCCAGCAGACCGACGGACCGUCCCGGACGGAAGAACGAGGAGCGGAGAUCGAGGAACCGAGCUUCCCGGAAGCAGCGUCGACGCGGGAGACGGCUGCGGAGUAUGCCGAAAUUCCAGUAGCACCUGAUGUACAAGUACAAGAGACCGAAGGCGACGCCGAUGGAAGAUGGGCGCCCGAGGCGGUCGAGACGACCGAGACGGCCGAGGCGCCCGUAGCGCUCGAGAAGCCCGAGGAGUCCGAGGAGCCCGAGUCGUUCGAGAUUCGGCUGCGGGCGACCAUAGAGCUGUCGGACACGACCGACAGCGGCGGCAAGCCGACGGACGGUUCGCUGGACCCCAGCACCGCGGACGAGGUGGCGGCAGUCGUUGCGCUGCCCAGAGAGGACGGGAACGCCGCGAAGAGGCAGAAAAGGAAGAGGAGGCACAAGACGAUCGAGAUCUCGUCGACGGUGGACAAGGAUCUCGGAUCCAUCUUCGGACAGCCGACCGAGUCGCCCGACGUCUCCCUGAAGCUGUCCUACUCCGACGUCGCCAAAAAGAACGCCAAGGAGAAGUCCCCGCUGGGUGACGGCCGCUCGCCGAAGCCGUCGAAGCUGCCCGACGUCGGGGAGGCCGAGUUCGCCGCCGAGGAGGGCCCGGAGGGAGGAGGAGGUGGACCGUCGUUCGCGAUCGCCGAGAAGAUCGGCUCGCCGAGGACGGCGUCUUCGCCGGAGCCCAUGGACACCACCGAAGAGCCGGGUUCGUUUUCGCCCGUGGAGAGCGGGGAAAGCGCGCCGCGGGAAGAAGAGCCAGGAGCCGAGAUCGAAUCCUCGAAGAAGUCGUCGUCGUCGGAGCAGCAGCCGACGUGGGUCGGCAGCGGGCUCGUCGAGAACAUCUCGAGAAGCGUGCAGAGUCUCGAGGACGCCAGGUCCAGCCAUUUGGGAAACAUCCUGCACAUCGCUCAUUUGGAGAAAGUGGCCGCCGCGAGACCCGAACGGGAACGGAUCGACCUCGAGAAGGAGCUGUCCUACUUGAUGCGCGCCGCCAAGGAAAAAGACUCGGAUACCGUGGAGGAGGAGCUCCUCUACGUCGUGAACGCGAUAUCGACGAACAUGUGGUCCAUCGAGUACAGGAUCUUCUUGGAGAAGGAGUGUCCCAGCGGAUCGUACGGAGAGAAACGGACGUACGACGCGAUCGAGAAAGACUUGCAGCACGCGGAGAACGAUAUUCUCAAGGUGGAGGAAGCGUGGCGGCGAGUCCGGACCAUCUGUCCCGAGGAGGACCGUGCCAAUCUGCAGGAAUGCCUCGAUACGCUGACGCGUCAUCUCGGCGCGAUCAAGGACGCCGUGGACGACGACGACGACGACGGCGACGACGGCGACGAGGGGAGGUACUCGGCCGGGAAGGUGACCAGGUGGGACGAAUUCGUCGGUGGCGCGCGCAACAUUUACAGAUUGGUGGAAGAGCAGCGGGUCCAGCUGAGCCAACUGAUCGAGUUCGAAGCGUCCGCCGCGUGGAAGCUGCAGGAGCUGGAGAAAUUCGAGAACACGAAUCGCAGCCACGCGUGGAAGACGACGGACCUGCUGACCGCCUCUCGCGAGCUGCUGCGAAGUCAUCCCGGCAAACGGAUCCCCGAGGAGAUCUACGCCGCCCACGAGCUCACCGAGACGAUCGAACGCGACGCGGUGAUCGAACGGGAUCGUCUUUUGCAGCUGCUGGCGCUCGCCGAGGAAUACGAACAGACGCUCAAGGAUUUCGCUCAGAUCACCGAGGUCGCGGAGAAUCUGCUGGGGAGUCCGAUAUCGGUGACCAGUCUGGAACAUCUUCGGGAGGAGAUGCAGAAGCACAGAAAGUUCUUCGUCAAUCUGAAUCAUUGCCGAGCGAUCCUGGAGUCGCUGGAGGGCAACCUGGACCCCGAGACCAGAACCAAGUACUCGGAUCUGCACGAGGAAUUGCACGGCAGAGCCACCGCGUUGCUGGACCAAGCGGCCUCCAGGGCGCAGCAGAUGGCUUUGGCCGCUUCCAGAUGGAUACUCCUCGAACAGGGUGUCAAAGAGGAGAGGGGAUGGCUGCAAGUGGCUCAUCAGAGGGUCCCGGAUCUGCAAACGAUGACCUCGACCGAUUACGAUCAGUACAUCUCGCUGUAUCAGUCGCUGGUAACGGACGUGGCUACUCACCAUGCCAGGAUCGUUCGGCUCUUGAACGUGGCGCGCGGUCUGCGGGACCUGAUAGACAUCGAGGACCCCGAGGAUCGUUACGGCGAAGCCUUGGAAGUGAUCGCGAAGCUGCGGGACAACGUCGAGUCCUCGCUGAGACGACUGCUGGCGUUCCGCGAGAGCUGGUACAAUCAGGAAGCGUCGAUGAACCGUGUGGAAAAUUGGAUGACCACGGUCGAGAGGGAAUUGGAAGCUAUGCGCGAUCCUUCCGGCGGUCGCAUUCGUCGAUUCUGGGAGCUGAAGGCGCGGUACGAGGUGCACAACAACAUCAGAGAGGAAGCGAACAACAGCUUCGAGCAGGCGCUGAGGAUCGUCCCUCUGUCGGACGAGACGUUGCAGAGACAGUUUCGCGGGGAGAUCGAGGACCGUUGGAACGACGUGUCCCGGCGGAUCGACGCGAUCCAAGAGGAGGUGACCGGAGAGCUGUCCUCGGACGAGAUCUCGUCGGCCGACAAGCUGAGGCUGCUCGAGAGGGAGCUGCACGAGCUCCGAUCGACGAUCGAGGGCUUCCACGGGGUCCUGAAGACGGAGGAGGAGCUGGACCUGUACAUCGAGCGUCUGACCGUGCUGUUCGACAGGAUCUCGCUGAUUCAGAACGAGCUGGGUCGCCUGGCCCUGGCGACGAUGGCCGAGAGCGAGAAGGUCGGGCUUCUGCUGCCGUCCGCGCGGCAGGUCGAGUCCCGGAUCACCGAGGAACUGGACGCCGCGCAGCUGCUCCGCGAGAGGCUUCGGGCGAUUCGGCGAGGCAUCGGCCGGGUCCGGAAAGCCCACCGGCGACAGUCCACCGUGCUGGACGGCUGCGAGGGCAGCGAACGACGGGGCAGCGACGAGGUGGCGACCGCGGUCGACCGCUGCCAAUCGGUGGCGGACGAGCUGGCCGCUCUCUGGCAGGACAUCAUGGCUCUCAGACAGAUGCUGCACACUCUGCCGACCGUGACGAGGGUCUCCGUGUCCCCCGUCGGCCUCGAGCGAGACAUCUCGAGCCUCCAAGACGUCCACGCCGACUUGGAGGGCAGGUGCUCUCGCUUGCUCGGCUCGCUCAAGAACAGGCUCGCUCUCUGGAGAAGAUUCGAGAGGCAGCUGGAGAUGGUGCAACAGUCCGUCCAAGAGGCCGACUACAUGAUGGAGCUGCUCACCGUGCAGGGCUCCGUCGACUACGACAGGCUGUUGAAGGCCACGGAACGUCUCGAGGGUCUCAGCGGCGAUUUGGGAGCGCGCGAAGUUCUCGUCGGCGAAUUGCGAGAGGCUGCCGAACCUCUGCGGGAGGGUUGCGCUGCAGAGGUCCGCGAGAAGGUCGAGGCGGCGGUGAACGAGGCCGUGCAGGCCUGGGAGGACACCAGGGCCGAAUUGGACGCCCUUUGCACCAAGUACCAGCGCGCCUGCAGAUUGUGGCAACGGUACAAGGACUCGAGCGCCGCGGUGAAGGCUUGGGUGGACACGCGGAUGGACAACGUCGCCAACCUGCCACCCAAGGAGGCCGCCGAACGCAUCAAGAUUUGCGAGGAAACGAUGGCGGAGCACAAGGAGAGACUGGCGGAGCUCCGAGGGCUGGUGGCGCAGAUCGCGUCGGACGUCGGGCUGGACGCGAGCGCGCCGCUGCACUGCGAGGUGGAGGCCCUGGGACAACGUCUCGAGGACAUCCGCGAGAACUUGUCCUGCCUCGCGGACGUCGCGGACGCCCGCGCGCUCAAGCAGGAGCUGUCUCGCGACGAUUUAUGUCAGACGAAAAAUUUCCUGGACUCGGUCCAAGAGAGCCUGACGGCGGCGAGCCAAGGCGACUCGAAGCAGCAGCUGACGGUGCUGCGAAACAACCUGCUGGCGCUGACGUGCACGGAGCCGCAGCUUCAGUCGAUCAAGGAGCGCGGCCUGGAAGAGCGGACGCAGCAGGAGCCGUCGUUGGUGAAGGUGCUGGAGCUGUGGCAGAAGGUGUUCAGACAGACGUUCGAGGAGUACCAUCGACUGUCGGCCCGACUGGUGGAGACCCAGGAUGGAGCGACCGCGAUGAAGCUGUGGCAAGAGUAUCUGACGCACGUGCAGGACUUCCUGUCGAACAGCGUGCCGGGCGACUACAACGGGCUGUCGGAGCACAGGAACCUGUGCGAGGUGCACAGGAGCCUGCUCACGGACCAGCAAAAUCUGAUCCUGACGGUGAGCAACCUCUCGACGACCGAGCAGUUCAACGUGCUGACGAACCUGCACAACGAGACCCUGGCCAAGAUCAUGGAGAGACACUCGGCGGUGCGGGACAGGCUGGCCGCGUGGGACAGGUACAGGCAGGACCAGAGCAAGCUGCUCGCCUGGCUGAAGGAGGUGGAGCGCGAGCGAGGCCAGCUCCAGCUGAGGUUCAUCCAUCUGAGACGACUCGACAAGAUCCUGAAACGGAUAGGGACGCUGCUGGAGAAGAUGCCGCAGGGCGAGGCUCGGCUGGAGGCUCUCCGGCUGCAACAGGAGACGAUCUUGGCGAACUGCGACGAGGCGUUGGCGGUGCCGAUACGCAUGGAGCACGCGGCCGACGGCCAGAGGAUCGCUAAUCUGAGCGCCGGCCUCGAGACCUGGCGAGACUUCAUCCGGAGGAUACGGAACCUGCACGCCGAGUACGAGGAGCAAACCGGCAGGAUCGCCGGCGCGUUCGAGGAGAUCGGCCAGGCUCUCGGCGCGAGCUUCCGCGCAAAGUCCGCGAGCCCGGCGAGGACCAGGGAGCGACUGGAGUCCGUGCAGCGGCUGCAGGCCCGGCUGACCGGCGUCGCCCCCGAGCUCGACGAUCUGGGCGUGAUCGCGGAGCAGCUGAGAAUGUGCCUGAGCCCGUCGGACACGAAGGCGUUGAAUCAGCAACGAUCGUUGCUGUACCAGCAGCACGGCGACCUCGAGCACCAGGCCGCGCUGCUGGCCUAUCGGCUCGACGAGCGGAACGGUCUCCACGACCGAUGGAACGACCGAUCGACGAGACUGUUGGCCUGGAUCGGGGAGACCGAGGCGCGGAUCCAGAGCCGGGACGCGAUCGCGCCGAACGAGCCCGAGGACACCCUGAAGAGGCUCGAGUGCGAGCUACAGGCGGAGAUCGCGUCGAAGCAACGGGAGCUCUCCUGGCUGAGGAACACGGGCCGCGAUCUGAUCGAGUCGGCCGAAGGGGACGAGAGGGAGAGGCUGCAGGCCUCCUUGGACGAGGUGAACGAGAGGUGGGACGGGCUGAUAGCCACCGGGAAGGCCCGAGCCGGCAAGCUGGCCGAGCUGAUCAGGAGGAUCGGCUCGCUCGAGAACCGGAUCAACGAGCUGAAGACCUGGCUGGCCGGCGUCGAGGCGCAGCUCUCGGAGACGUUCGUGAUCGAGACGGUGACGCGAAGCUGCAUCGAUCGCAAGCUGGACGACCACAAGCAUCUGCAGAAGAGGAUCGCGGCCGAGCAGGCGAACAUCAGCGAGGUGUUGACGCAGUGCGGAGCCGUGCUGAGGGACUGCGAAGCCUGGCACGGCGCCUUCGACACGGACGGGAUCGGGGCGGGGGUCGAGAGCCUGGAGCGCAGGUGGACGACCGCGUGCGGCAAGUCCGCGGAACGGAACAGAAACAUCCUGCUGGCCUGGAGCCUGCUGCAGGAGCUGGCCGACUUCGAACGGGAGAACGAGGAAUGGGUCGAUGGGACCGAUCGCUCGAUCUCCGAGCUGGAGAACGGCCUCGAGGAGAUCUCGCGGGAGGAGACCGCCGAGGCGAUCCGGAGGGCGAAAGCGCUCGCGGCCGACGCGGAGUCGAGAGAGGCGACGGUCCGGGCGAUCGAGCAGAACUUUGGCCGGUUGUCGAGGACAGGGCUCGAGCCGGGCAACCUGAACGCGCUUAUCGCCGACGCCAGGCGGCUUAUCGACAAGUGGCGAACGUUCGAGCCGAGGAUCGAUACCGUGCUGCUGGCGCUCGAGCGAGACACCGCCAACUAUCGCAGGUUCAUAGUGACGCACGGCAUGGCCGUGUUCGGGCUGACGCACGUGAACGCGCUUCUUACCAGAAUACAGCACCUGGCGACGCCGGAUCUCGCGCAGAACAGGCUGCACCGGCUCAACGAGAUCGAGGAGGAGCUCAGGAAACAGAACAUCGCGCUCCAAGAGGCCGACGAGCUGGCGCUCAAGCUGAUGGAGAAGUGCCAUCCGGACGAGGUCGCGACGAUUCAAGAGCUGGUCGACGAGUACCAGUUGCUCUGGAAGGACAUCAAGAACCGCGUGGCGACCUUGUGGGCGGAGAUCGAGCAGAAGGCGGAAGUCGACGAGGCCGUUCAGGUCGAGACGCUCAAGUUCGAGCGGGACACCGCCGUGCAGGUCGACACGUUGCCCAGAUUGCUGAGGAUGACUUCCAGCGACGCGUACCUGAUGGAGCUCGAGGCCGCUCUGGUCGAGUGCGGAGAAGCCUUGGACACCUUCGAGCUCGCCGUCGCUCCGGACCCGAUUCCCGGACCCGGCCUGAACGCCGCUGCCAAGAAUAUCAGCAAGCUGAUCGGAACCUGUCAAUCGUCGAUCGAACUGGUCCGACAUCUUCACGGCCUGUUGACGGUGGACGGCAAGCUGACGCCGCAGGACGCGAAGGCCGAUCAAGUGGAAGCGUCGACGGACAGAUACGAGACCCUUCUGCAACUGGCGAGGACCCGGGAACAACAGAUCCGUGAGCUCAGCGACAACGGCAGGCUGACCUGUCCCCUGUGCUCCCAUCGCAACUGGGCGCAGCUGGAGAACGACUUGUGGCGAUUGGAAAUAUGGCUGGAGUUCGCGGAGGGUACGCAGAGCGAGCAACGUUCCCCGCCCGGCGACAUCGACCACCUCGAGGACGUGAUCCAGGAUCACCGAGCGUUCCUGCUCGACCUGGACAGCCACAAGAGCAUCCUCGCGAGUUUGAACACCGUCGGUGCUCACCUGGCCGAGCACAGGGAGGACGCGAGGAGGGCCGCGCAGCUCAGGGAAAGGCUGACCGUCGCCAACGAAAGGUGGGAAAAGGUGUGCGCGCUGGCCGCGCGCUGGCAACAACGGUUGCAGACCACCUUGAUGUCGAAUCAUCAGUUCCACCGGAUCAUCGAGGAGCUGCUCGCCUGGCUGGAGAAGACCGAGAUCGACGUCAGAGCCAGCGAGCCGGUCGACCUCACCGAAUCCGUGGAAAUCGUAACUGCCAAGUACAAUAAGUUCAGGGAAACGAGGGACAAUCUGGAGCGAUGCGAGCCCCGCGUCCUCUCGCUGCAGAAGAUGGCGAACCAGUUGCUGGAGGAGAAAGGCGAAACCAGGGCGUGCCUGCAGGAGCUGCGACUCAGGAUGCAGUCUCUUCGACGUCUCACGGGGAUCUACGCUCUAAAAUUGGGCGUGGUCCUCGGAAUGGAUCCUAGGGACGCCGUCGCUGCAACUUCAUCCCUCGCUUCCCUCUCGCAAGACCUGCUCGACGAAGCUGCCUCUGGGACCGUACAGCCCCGCGCCGCACCUGGUACAGAUGGUGACGGUGGCCACCUGACGGUAUUGUCUCGGGGAUACCGUUUCCUGGGCCGAGUGCUGCGCAUCUCGCUGCCGAUCCAGGCGCUGAUGCUGGUGGUCCUCGGCAUCGCUUCGCUGGUCCCGUCCGCCGAAGAAGACUACAGCUGCAUGCUGUCGAACAACCUGGCGAGAAGCUUCACGCCGAGGCUCGUCUACCCGAACGGGCCGCCCCCGAUCUAA